AUGGCUAAUCUUCUUUAUGACUCGGAAGAGCAACGAUUCGUUGACAGAAUUCGCUGUGUCACAUACCGUGAAAUACGUGACGAAAUGAUUGCAAGAACAGGAGACUCGAUUAUUACUCGCCAUUGGAUUUCCGAGAAGCUACGUCGUAGUGAAGAUUGGGUACGCCGCAAUUGGAAUAAAACUAUUGAAGAAUGUUAUACAGAAUUUGGUAGUGGCCGACCACAGGUGCUUACGCAGGAGAGCAAAAACAUCGUCGCUUCGGCAAGUGGUGUCAGAAAUAGUAGCUGUCGAAGAGUUGCAAGAGAAAUUUUAGAGAAAACAAAACAACGGGUAAGUCACGUGACUAUUUACAAUGAACGACAACGGCAAGGAUUAAAACCUUUCCACGUGAUUGCCAAGCCAUUGAAGACAAACACACACAUCGAAGAUCGCAAGUGGCUCGCAAAUUUUGUUGCUGAUUGGACUGAAGAACAUUUUUUACAUAUUGCACCUUCGGAUGAAUUUUAUAUUUAUGUUGUAAGAAAACUGAACCAUCAAAAUGAUCGAAUUUGGGCAAAAAGUAUCGAAGACAUUAGCAGUGACGAAAGAUACCGUGAAAUGGUUUACAAUGCAACAUGCAUCCGCAUAUUCAUCAUGUUUACUGCUAAAAAACUUCUUUGGGUGCUAAAAGAACAUGGACAAUCUUGGGAUGAUACUUAUUUUCGCGAUACUAUCCUUCGACAACACGUGAUCCCAUUUCUUCGUGAUCCUUCCAAUGUUCUUGAUACGGACGAAGUAAUAUUUCUUCACGAUAAGGCACCUUGUAUGAAAGCCAAUGCAACACAGCAUCUUUUAGAAGGUGAGGACGUGAAUUUCUGGGGAAAUUCAAUUUGGCCAGGCAGCAGCCCUGACAUGAAUCCUGCGGAAAAUUUUGGUGCAAUUAUCAAAGAUAACGUUGAAGAAUUAAUGGUAAAUGAAGAUCGUCGUGACAGAUACAAUUACGAUUCACUCAAAACUAAUCUCGAGAAUACGCUCCAGGAUCUUGAAGAUGACACAGAUCUUUUUAGCGACCUGUUAUGCUCAAUGCGGAAAAGAUUUGAUGCUCUCAAAGUCACUGAUGGGGGCCAUACGAAGUUCUGAA